AUGUUCAUUGCGCGGUCCGAAUACGACCGCGGCAUCAACACCUUCUCUCCCGAAGGCCGCCUCUUCCAAGUCGAAUACUCCCUCGAAGCGAUCAAGCUCGGCAGCACCGCCAUAGGCAUCACCACCUCCGCCGGCACCGUCCUUGGCGUGGAGAAGCGCAUCACCUCCACCCUGCUCGAGACCUCCUCCGUCGAGAAGGUGGUCGAGAUCGACCGGCACAUAGGAUGUGCUAUGUCCGGGCUGCAGGCGGAUGCGCGGAGCAUGAUUGAGCAUGCGCGCGUGACGAGCCAGAGCCAUGCGUUCAACUACAGCGAGCCGAUCAAGGUGAAGAGCUGUACGCAGGCGAUUUGUGAUCUGGCGCUGAGGUUUGGAGAGAGUGCGGAUGGAGACGAGGAGGAGAGUAUUAUGAGCAGACCGUUUGGUGUGGCAUUGCUCAUCGCGGGAUACGACGAGGAUGGGCCGUCGCUCUACCAUGCCGAACCCUCAGGCACUUUCUACCGCUACGACGCCAAAGCCAUCGGCUCCGGCAGCGAAGGCGCGCAAGCCGAGUUGCAGUCGUCCUACCAUAAGUCGCUCACUCUCCCCGAAGCAGAAGAGUUGGUGUUGAAAACGCUGAAGCAGGUAAUGGAGGAGAAGCUGGAUGCAAAGAAUGUGCAGCUGGCGAGCGUGACGAAGGAAAAGGGUUUCCGGAUAUAUUCCGACGAGGAGAUGGGCGCUUGCGUGCAGAGGAUAGAGGGCGAGUCGUGA